UUUCUUCACUUGACCUCGGUCAAGUAUUUUUAUCGUCAUACCACUCGAUUGCUUGAGACUCGCAAUGGCAGCUCGUACUCGUCGUCCACGAGGCCUGUCAGCGAACCACGUGAAUGAGGAGGAGCGACUGCAGACCAUCAUGAACGACAAGUCCACCUUGUCUUCUGUACGUCUUCUAGGCAAGGAGAACUGGGUCAAGAUGGAGGAGCGUCCCAACUGCUUCUACUGCGCGCGCAAGUUCCGUCCGUUUUCGAUCAAACGUCAUUGUCGCUCUUGUGGCGAGAUCGUGUGCUCCAACUGCUACAGACGACGACGAGUGCGUGUGACCCCGACAUUGGAAGUCACGGUGCGUCUGUGCUUCGACUGCAUCGACAAGGCCAUGCUGCUAGCUGAGAGCGAGAACAUCAACGCCAGUGCUCCAGUCAUGGAACAGUCUGAAUCAAACGAAGAAGAAGAAGAAACACAAGAAAUCGCCCUUGAAACGUGCAAACCGGAAGGGAAAAAGACACAUCGAGACAGUUUACAGACAACCAGUACCAGCACAUCAUUCUGCAGUCGGUUCUCCGAUUUCUCGGGUUGUGAUAACUGGAGCGACGCAGAUAGUGACGCGAGUGAUACCAGCAGUCUUGGAGGCAGCGGCGGACCCACGAUCCCUGCUAGUCAAAGGGGAAGUCGCCGAGGACAGCCAAUUAUCCCCGCUACAGACAUGAUUGAGUUUCUUCCGGAGCACGAACAGUUCGAGAUCUACGAAGCUCGCAGACACGAAAUACUCACGCAGUUCAAAGUACUAGAUACAGAGCCAGAGAAAGAGUACGAUGCUGUAUGUGAACUCGUUCGACAAGUUCUCGAAUGCAACGUAGCUGCAGUGGCAUUUAUGGAUCAGACGCGUCAAUGGUACAAGGCUCGUUACGGUAUCGCACAGGCGGAGUUACCUCGAGAAAUCGCCUUCUGUUCUCAAUUGCUGCAGACUCCGCUGCCUACGAUCGUCAUGGACGCGACCAAGGACCCUCGAUUUAACCAGAAUCCUUUGGUUACAGGCUCUGCUAACAUCCGCUUCUACGCUACGACGCCGAUCUGUGACCCCAGCACGGGGAUCGUCAUCGGUUCGGUGUUUGUCAUGGACCCAAAGCCGAAGCAGAAGUUGCCACUUCGAUCGAUGGAAGUACUCUCUUACGCGUCUUCAGCAGCUGAAAAACUGCUGAUAGGCGAAGGCUCUGUGCCUGUCCCGCCUGCAAUGAAGCAGAAGCGUCACAAGCGCCGGGAAUCGAUGCCUUCUUUCCCAGAGAUUCGUGCUGCUUCGCUUCAGAGUGUUCCGGAGGAGAUUGAGGACGGAGACUUCCGGAUUACGCAGCCUCGUUCCAACGCUUCCAGUGUGUCAUCGAACGGCAGUGUACGCAGUAGUAAGCGAGGCAGUUUGCGUCGUUCAGGACCGAAGACUCCGUCCUCGGCUCCGAACUCACAACCGCGGUAUCAACUUCUGGAUCCAAACGUCAAGCUGACAUCGUCCAAGGCUUCCAACACGACCAACUCGAAGCUCUGCAUCACUGAUCUGGUGUCUGCAGAGCCUGGAAACAUCGCAGUUGCUCAACAAGCAGCCCCCGCUCAGCUUCAGAGUCUUGACUCGUCCUGCAUCGAGCUCUUCCACCGCAUCACAUCCACCCAGCAGCUCCUGGCUCAGCAACACGAUACGCUGUUGGCGACGUUGACUCAACACUCGUCGCGAAUCAGCUCCAUUGAGCAGACGGUUGACCGGAUUGAAGGCAUCUUGUCCGCGCAGAGAACACAAAGUAUGCCACAGCUUGUCGACUCCAGGCGGCGUCCUGUGGACAUGUAAUUAGUAUUUUGUCGUUGAUGACUCUCUGAUCCCCAUAGGAGGAGCGUGUACAGUGUAGAAUAGUGCGUACGUCGGGUCUUGAGGCGCUUGAACACAAUAUAUUCGUUUCUCUCAAAACUCC